AUGCGCGAAUCGCUCGUGCUGCUCAUCGCCUCCGCCGCCGCGCUCCGUACGCCACUGCCGCCGCUGGGAUAUGUGCCGGCUGCGCUCUCUGCAUCUGCGCCGCCUCGAACACAGAGCCUUCUGCUGAGGAGCGCGGCUCGCGCCACCGCGCUGACGGCGGCGGCGGCAGCCGAGAUCAAGCCGCAGCUUCCGCCGCCCGAGGACGUGCCCUCCGCCCGAGCGGUAACGGUGCUGCUGCUCUGCUGCGCCAUCGGCGCGGUGUGCGCUCUCGACCGCGUAUUGAUCUCGAUCGCCAUCCUCCCGAUGGCGGAGCAGUUCGCCUACUCUGACUCGACCAAAGGUGCCAUUGCAGCAGGCUUCUCGCUCGGGUACUGUCUCGGGCUUCUGCCCGCGGGCGUGCUGGCAUCGAGCGGCUCGCCGAGGCAGGUCCUCCUCGGCGGGCUGGUCGUCUGGUCUGCGGCGACCUGCGCCACGCCGCUGGCCGCCGCCUCGAGCGUGCCCGCCCUGCUCGCCACCCGCGCCGUGAUGGGCGUGGGCGAGGCGGCGGCUGUGCCGACCCUGCAGGCGGGUAUCCUUCAGGCGGUGGCGGCGCGCUUCGUCCAGCCCGAGCGGCGCUCCCUCUUCUGGGGCUGCCUCACCGCCUCCCUCUCCUGCGGCACCAUCGCCGCCUACGUCCUGGCUCCGCCGCUCAUCGCAGAGCAGGGCUGGCCGUUCGUCUUUGAGGCCUUCGGUGCCGCCGGCCUCAGCAUCGCGGUGCUGUGGGCAGUGCUCGGCGCCGACGCACCGCGAGAGCUCGACAGCAGGAUUGGCGACGCCGGCGCCGGCGGCGGCGACUCGGCCGGCGGCGGCGACGGCGGGAUGGGCGAGGUGCCGUGGCGGGCCCUCGCCUCCUCGCGGCCGGUCUGGGCGAUGACGGCCGCGCACUGCAGCUCCAACUUCUUCAUGUACUUUGGCUUAUCGUGGCUCCCAACCUACUUUUCGUACCAGUUCGGCCUCUCGACAGCCGACGCGUCGACGGCGGCGCUCUACCCGUUUGCGGCGGGCGCGGUCGGCUCGCUCGCUGCGGGCGCCGCGUGCGACGCUCUCGUCUCGAGCCUCCACUUUCGGCGCACCGACGCGCGCAAGGUGAUGCAGUCCGUCGCGCUGGGCGGGCCGGCGCUCGCGAUGCUCGCGCUCUGCCUGCUCUCGGCCGGCGCCGGCGGGCUGCAGCUGGAGCGCGACGAGGCGGAGGCGAUCUUCGUCGUGGCGGUCGGCUGCCAGGCAGGCUCGGCGGCGGGGUACGGCUGCGGCGCGCAGGACAUCUCGACCCGCCUCUCGUCCCUCAUCUACGGCGGCACCUCCGUCUUCGCCGUCAUCGCGGGCGCCUCGGGCCAGUACUUCACCGGCUGGCUACUGGAGCAAAACGGCCGGGACUUCACGCCCAUGUUUGCCCUCCUUGUCGCCGUGGAGCUAGCGGGCCUUGUGGCUUGGAACAGAUGGUGGGACAGCGAGCGCGUGUUCGAAUGA